AAAUUCGCGCCUUGACGAUGGCACAUCCGGGUAGGUGCAGCCUCAUUCUGAUGAAGCUGGGCUGUGGACCAUCGCCUGUAUACUGACGGGGGCACUAGAUGAGUACCAGAACUGGAUACUGUCAGUCAAGAUGUCUUCCCGCGAAAUGGGAAAAGUGAUGGAGAAGGCUGUGAAAGGGGUAUAUAGGAAAGUAAUUUACGGUAUGGACCCAUCAGUAAUGCUCCCAAUGAUUCGUGAGACCGGAAUUCUUACUGUGGAUGGUUAUGAACCGUACUGUGAUGAACUCAACAAAAUGAUUCAGCAUGGAAGAACUAUUGCGGACAUAAACACGCGACUACUUGACAUUCUGUUCACCCGAGACAAAUGGUGGAUUGUCUUCAUCCGAGUCUGUGGACAAUGUGGAUACCAGGGCAUCAUACAGGCAAUUGAAGAAAAGUUGACAGCAACUCAGCGAUCUGAACUGCGAUCUAGUACCAGGCAGCGAAGGGGUGAAGGAAGACGUGGGGGGAUGUCACAUUCAGACAGGAGACGACAGCGUCACCCUGACAAACCUUCAAGUGAUUCAAACCAGUUCUCAGAAACCAACGCCAUAGCCACGACACCAACCCUAAGGGAGGAUCCUACACUGGGAAACAUUACAUUGGAAGGAGGUCAAUGGGAAGCAAGAUACGAGAACAGGAACAGCAGCAUUGGUCCAUCUCCUGAAUCGUUGAUAGAAGCUCAACGCCCUCGACUACACAUGCGAACACAAGUUCUUACAUCGCAGAGCGGUAGUGAAAGGAGAACCAAAGGACAACAAGAAUUGUCAGAUUCAUACAGCAGACAACAAUUUGAUCAAAAUUCAUGGGAUUCAAACACCUUUUCUGAAACCAAGCCAUUAGCAAAGGCAUCGACGCAAAGGACAGAUCCAACACAUGGAACCAUGCCUUUGGGAGGUGUUCAGUGGGAAGCAGGAUACGACAACACACAGAUGAACAGUGACAUUGGUCGAUCGCCUGGAAGUCUAAUUGAUGACGAGAAGAAAUUCACUAUCAAGAAGGAAACUAUCCACUUUAUUCAAAACAUUCAAAGAGCAGAAAAUAACUUUGAGGAUGCGUUCAAAGAUUUUACAAUUUCAAAAAAGGAUACUGACAAAAUCAGUCCUAAUUUUUGGAAUAUCCCAGUCCGUGCUAACAAUGCGGUAGAUCACAAUUCGAAUUUAACGACAGGAGGCGAAUCAAACAUGCACAAAGUCAGUAAUCUCUCGUCGCUGGAGAAUAACAAGCUCCAAAGCUACCCUGGAGAGGAUGAGAGUGAUACUCGUUCAGUCAACGAUGAUGCAACAAUGGAAUGGAACCAUGAACCACACCCCAGUUUUCAAAACCACCCAAUAAUAGAUAGUCACCACGACGACAGAGAAUCGGAAGUAAAAGAGAAGGUAAUGCAGAGUUCUCCCGCUAUGGACGGAUCUAACAUGGCACCAUAUGUUAGUAAUUUAAUCAUUCAGUCACAACUUGACCAGCAAAGAAAACAUGAGGGUGCACCACUCGGUCAGGAAACUGUCACUGUUGAAUAUCAGAGCACAGAAGGCUUGGAAGUUGAGCCGCCAAAGGAGAAGGGGCGUCAUCGUGUUCCAUGAAGUCAGUAUCAUCAUCCCAAGGAACAUUAUCAUACAGAAAGUACAAGUGUAAAAAGCCACUUUGAUGAGAAGACACACUGUGACCCCGAGUCCAAGGUGAUCAACACCGAAAUGGCCUACCAAGAAGAACCUGCGUUAGCUGGAACAGAAGCAGAUUGUGUCACACCCCGCUUGUCAGGCCCUGUCGACGUGUCUGGAAACGCUUCUCCGGUUGGCAAUAUCCCACUUUUUGGACUGAUCGAGGGGGAAACUUCACCGAAUGUCAUGUCUGACAGGCCGGGACAUGACACACUACAUAUUGCAGGUAAUGGUACAUAUUUGGCUGAACCAUACAAUGUGAUGUCUGACAAGAAAAGGUCCAGUGGCAGCACCUGCACCCAACCAGUUAAUGUCCGUCUAAAUACACCCCAACAGGCCUACUCGCCCCUACGUGAAACGUCUGAUGGGAGUGUACGCCUUUCCUCACACUACCAUCCCAGCUUUGGCGAUUCACCGGUACCAAACUAUACUCACAUUCAACCUCCAGUCCACAUUGUGUCAAUGUCGGAAACAUCUGAACCACCCCCUAUCCAUGAGGCUUUAGCUGAGAUGACACUGACCCGAAUGAUGGAUGGAGCCAGUACAGAGACACCUCGUUAGUCCGGAUCCUUCUAGGGUGUGGACACCGUCUUGCGUUCAGUGUUGGAACGUUACAUCUAUGCAGUAAGUCACACCAGGGAUUCUGGGUGGAAGAGGUACCCUGCAACCGGUGCGUGUGACACGCAUCCUAGUGGAUCGGAAGGCCAGGAUCAAUGAUUUGGUUAACCGUGUGUCAUUGUAACCUCGUCGGUGUAAGACAUUGCACAUAAUAUCAAUCACUGGGUUGUCUGGUCCAGACGCCAUCGUUUUACAGGCCACCAUCAUAUGCUGGAAUAUUGAUGAGUGCAGUGUUAAUUAGUAACGAAAAGUAUAAUGCGGGCGGGGUCACGAGAUGGAUGCAGAUUGGGUAUGAAAGAUCACAAGAUGACAUGGGAUCACUAUCUCAUGAUGGUGCAGGGUGUCAACUGCUGCUUGGCAAGAAGGUGGGGAUUCGGAAAUGGCCGUCUGAAGAAUUGUAGUUCAUAUAUGUCUGUGGUGACUAGUGUAAAACAGCCCCAAAAGCGGAGGCGAACCUUGCGUUCAGCAUGACACUGACGAACCUUGUGUUCAGCAUGACACUGGCGAACCUUGUGUUCAGCAUGACACUGACGAACCUUGCGUUCAGCAUGACACUGGCGAACCUUGCGUUCAGCAUGACACUGACGAACCUUGCGUUCAGCAUGACACUGACGAUCCUUGUGUUCAGCAUGACACUGGCGAACCUUGUGUUCAGCAUGACACUGGCGAACCUUGAGUUCAGCAUGACACUGGCGAACCUUGUGUUCAGCAUGACACUGACGAACCUUGUGUUCCUCAUGACACUGGCGAACCUUGUGUUCCGCAUGACACUGACGAACCUUGUGUUCAGCAUGACACUGGCGAACCUUGUGCUCAGCAUGACACUGGCGAACCUUGUGCUCCGCAUGACACUGACGAACCUUGUGUUCCGCAUGACACUGACGAACCUUGCGUUCCGCAUGACACUGACGAACCUUGCGUUCCGCAUGACACUGGCGAACCUUGUGUUCCGCAUGACACUGACGAACCUUGUGUUCCGCAUGACACUAACGAACCUUGUGUUCAGCAUGACACUGACGAACCUUGUGCUCAGCAUGACACUGGCGAACCUUGUGCUCCGCAUGACACUGACGAACCUUGCGUUCCGCAUGACACUGACGAACCUUGCGUUCCGCAUGACACUGACGAACCUUGCGUUCCGCAUGACACUGGCGAACCUUGUGUUCAGCAUGACACUGACGAACCUUGUGCUCAGCUUGACACUGGCGAACCUUGUGCUCCGCAUGACACUGACCAACCUUGUGCUCCGCAUGACACUGACGAACCUUGCGUUCCGCAUGACACUGACGAACCUUGCGUUCCGCAUGACACUGGCGAACCUUGUGUUCAGCAUGACACUGGCGAACCUUGUGCUCAGCUUGACACUGGCGAACCUUGUGCUCCGCAUGACACUGACGAACCUUGUGCUCCGCAUGACACUGACGAACCUUGCGUUCCGCAUGACACUGACGAACCUUGCGUUCCGCAUGACACUGACGAACCUUGUGUUCGAAUGCAGGAUUGGGGUCUUUGGUGAAAGGCCACGUCAUAAUAAUUAUCCCUCCAGUAAUGUAGGAUGAAGCUAACAGCAAGAUGUAUGGGAACAAUGAAUAAAACAUUUAAUAUUCUUA